AUGGCAGGACAUUCAGAUCGAAAACUAACUAGAUGACUGCAUAAUUUUAAGCUAUUAUGGAUUUAUGUCUUAAGGGCUCUCAGAUAAACCUCGCCAUACGACAAAAAACGAAGCCCAAGUACACCAGUCGUUCUUUGACGACUCUCCACAAUCCGUGUCCCCACUUCCGGCCUCGUUCGGCCAAUUUCCUUCAGCAGCGCAGUCGCUCCUCGCCAUUCCUCGGACGACCUCAGUCGGCGGACCCUAAGUUCGGUCGUAGGCUGAGCACCUAUUUUAGCGACAAGGAGCUGAGAAAUAGUGGAAAGAGACAGGUCUCCUCGAACGACCUGCUGAAAUCCCUUUUAGAAGAGCCCAUUAAGCGCAGUUGGCUUUGUCGCAGCACCUGCAACUCCUCGGAGUCGGACUACUCGCUCCAUAAACGCACCCCCGACAGCAGUGAGGAGGGGGAGCAGUACCUAAUCACUAUGCCAGGUGGUGAAAAAGGUAAACCAUACUCCUCCUACUCUGGAUCACAGGGGCUCAGUAAUGGUGCUCUUCUUCAGCGAACCGCUAAACCAGAUCUUCCGGGAAGAGUGUCCUUCAGCAAGCCCAACAUGCACACGGACUUGGACUCCAGUGACUGCGAUAAUGACAAACAGGAAGUUCGACCUAGUAUCUCUGCCCCUGGACCUUUAACUCUUCCCAGUUUCCUAAGCAAAGUUGAACAAGCGGAUCCUGCUGGUCAGAAGAAAUCCGUGCACUUUGGAUCAACUGCAGCCGAGGGUGAGGUUCUGGCGGAGACCUAUGAGUAUCCCAAAUGUCCCUCGGAGAACUGUACUUGCAGCACGCGAUCAUCUUCCACCACUAGUACUAAUGAGGCCUCUGCAUCAGAGGUUAAGUGUGCCUGCGAUGCUCCCAGUUGCCGGUUGGUUGAGUCCUCCCAAGUAAUGGAACCUUCUGCUCCGAUUCCCAGUCUCCCAAAGGCUCCCACUCCGGAGCUGAAUGUCAUAAGAGAAUACAAGCAGGCUGUGGGUGGUGUUCAGGUGGUAAAGAACCACUUGAGUACGGAAACCCUCAACAACAUUGAGCCACUGCCCAAUUAUUUAGAGAAGUACGCAUCUCCCACCAAGGAGAAGCAGAACAAUCUGUCCGAGACCAAGAACAUGGCCAGCACUUCAUCUGUCAACAAUGAAGCCACACCCUACAGAACAACUUCCAACCCAAGGAACUUUGGUGCCGAGAAUAAUUUCUUGCCGGUGGUGCAAGAUGAUAGAAGGUCCUUUGGAAAUGCCAGCUCCGAUUCCGUGAUUAACAACUAUCUCAAGGUAGCCUCGACUCCACCAUUUGUGGGUAAGAAAAAGGAGAACGUAAAGCCAGCCAGUGCUGAUACUAUUGCCAGGAGCAGCAAAUCCAAAGUCAUCAAGUCUGCAGCCAAUCCUGCUCCUUUGGGAAAACUGAAGAAGGCCAUCAGUGUGGGCAGCCUGCGGGAAGAGCGAAAGCUCUCUGAGUAUAAUCUGGACAAAGUGGACAGCUGGAUGAGUAUGCAGGAUCAGAAGCAAUUUGAUAACAAGCACAAGUCGGGAUUGGAGGAUCUGGACGAGGGUCAGGACAAUGAUACAGCAUCCCAGUUAUCCUUGAAGUCAAAUGAGGAUUCUAGGGACUCCACAUACGAUGAGAUAGUGUCUGUCAUCAAGGAAAUUGAAGAAGACAAGAAGAGGGAUAACUUUUCCGAGCGUAUUCCCAGUGAACUAAACUUAAAACUGGAUUCCAGAUGCGAGACUGCCGAGACGGUGACCCUAAGUGAAGGAGCAGUUCCUGAAAGUGGAGAUAAAUACAAGGACAUCUUGGCCUACCUGAACAAUGUGGAGAGCAGUUGUGACAAGACACUGAUGGAAACACGUCGCUCCAUUCCAGAUAGCAAUCGAUCCGAGGUGGAAUUCGUGGUGGAACCCGAUAUCACCGAUGAGGUGCCUAAGUUAUCUGAGUUACUGAUGUUGCCCAAUCACCAGCUAGCUAGAAGAGUCAUUGCCUUGAGCUUGCGGGCGAAUGAGCUGGCCAAUGCCAUCCACAUGUCUAAAGAGCAUGUCUUCCAGCUGCGCGGCGAGAAGCAGAAGAGCUUGCGAGCGGAAAAGUCCACUGCAGCUGCUAAAUUACGUGAUCAAAAGAAGCACUACGAGGAGGUGGUGACCCGUCACCAAGGAUUCAUCGAGCAGUUGCUUAAGGACAAAGGUUCUUUAUGUGAGAAGGUAGCGGCUCUCACACGCCGCCUGGAGAGCCAAAACCAAGCUUGGGAACACCGCCUGGAAACGGAGCUGGCCAGGACCAAGGAGACUACAAUGGCGGGGGAAAAGAUUCGACGAGAGCGUUGGGUUCGCGAGAACACCAAGAAGAUUAAGGAACUCACGGUUAAAGGACUGGAGGCAGAGAUCAACAAGAUGACCUGUAAUCACCAGCGGGAGGUGACCGAGUUAAAGCGCACACACCAGAUGCAGUUGCUUGAUGCUCUGGAGGAGGCACGCACAAAGCAUGAGCAAAUCGAGACGGGUAUCCGCGAGAGUUGUGCUCAGGAUCGCGAGGCCAUCAUCGAGAAGGAGCGUACUGCCAUUCGGGAGCGAUUCGAGCGCCAGUUGGAAGAGGAACAAAGGACACAUGCUGAGCAGCGCCAGAAACUGACCGAAGAGUUUGCUGCGGAGCGAGAGCGUCUGCAGACGGAGGUCCGACAGCGAGAGAAUGAUCACCAGGCCAAGAGGCAGGAGGCUCUUCGGGAACAGGAGCAGGAACUCGAGCAGGCAAAGUUUGAGAUGCAGGAACGUAUGGCAAAGCAGGAGGAGAAGUACCAGAACCGCAUCAACACCAUUGAGCAACAGUACCAGGCGGACUUUGAGCUAUGGAAAACGGAGCACGAGAACAAGGCCAAGUUGGCCCAAGCUGAAAAGGAGAAUGCCAUUAGACAGCACUACCGGGCAGAGAGGGAUCGCCAGCUGGACGAACUGGUAGUACGGAUGGAGGCCGAUGCACUGCAGCAUACCGAAGAGCACGAUCUAAAGAUUAAUCGCCUUAAGGAGAAAUACGAGAAGGAUCUAGUUUUAGCCGAGAGUGUGGAAAAGUCGCUUCGGGAAAAGUACGCGGAGACUCGUGGAAAACUGGCGGAGUCAGACGCCCAGGUGCGGAACAGCCAAGCGGAAGUGAAGCAGCUGCAACUGGAGCUCAGUCACAGCAAGAAGAUGUGUGGCGACAUCAUCAUGGAGCGGGACAGACUGCGAGAUAAUCUCAACGCGGACAUUCAGAACGAACUGGGAGUGCUCAAUGAACGUCACAAGCAAGAGAUGGAGCAGCUUCAAAAGCGGGUCCACCAGACCAUUCAGCGUCAGGAGGAAACGAUUGAGAUUCUUAAAGGGGACAACGACGCACUCAGACAGCAGUGCUUAAAACUCAACGCAGUUAUACGACAGCAACGUAAGGAUUACUGCGUCAAAUAGAUAAAACUGAUAAACUAAGUCAUUCAUAAGGUUAUGGGACCUCAAAAAAGUAACCAUCCAAUUACAAUAACUAAAUAUGUAAGGCUACUAUAUAAUUGCAGAAGUGAAAGCAAUUAUGUAAGCAUGAGAUUCGAAUAAAACAACACAAUUUAUAGCUUAAUCAUAUUUUUAACGUGUUAUUUUUAAAAACGAUAGCUGCUGAAUAAAUAAUCGAUUAUUCUCAAA